GAAGAUUUAUGAAACUGCAGUAAUAAACUGUGUUUGAAAGAUCCUUUUUAUGAUAAAGCCCUGCCAAGCUGCUGGUGGGGGGAUCCGAGCGGACCCCGCUGCCGACCCUGCGGCCACUCUGACCCAACGUGGCUCUCGCGGGGCAGCGCCUGCAGCAGGGGGCAGGUUUUUGGGGGCCUCUCCCACCCCUGGCUCUCGGUGAGCUGGUGGAGAGCCGCUACUCGGGCUGCAAGGCGCUGAUCCUGAGGAGCAUCCCCCGGAGCACCGUCGGGCUCUGGUGGUGCUGAGGCUCUCCCAGGAAGGAGGCGAUGGCCGCAUCCUGGUAGGAGGCUGGGCCGUGGCGCCGCCGGCGCGGGUGACACCUCUACGGGCAGGUAAGGCAGAUGGAUGGAUGAAUCGGCAAAGAGAACCGCGCUCCCUUAACGCCCCGCUGCUCGGAGAGGGGCUUGCCAGGAUUUACCGUGGGAUUUUGGCUGUCGUGGGAGCCCUGCGUCGGGCCAAGGAGCCGCCUUCAGCCGCUGGAGACUCGGGGGUUGCCUCCCCCGUCCCACCGGAGCAGUUUGUUGGCCGCUGUGGAAUCUGUCCUGCGCCCGUGGAUCCCGAGAGGACGAGCACCCACAUGAUCUCGGCGGAUGAUGCCGAGUACCCGCGGGAGUACCGGACCUUGGGCAACGGCACCCGGCGCUUCUCCAACGUAGGGCUGGUGCACACCUCGGAGCGCCGGCACACCGUCAUCGCCGCCCAGAGCCUGGAGGCCCUCACCGGCCUCCAGAAAUCGGAGAUGGAGCGCAAGCGGGAUGCCUUCAUGGACCACCUGAAGAACAAGUACCCGCAGCACGCCCUGGCGCUGCGGGGGCAGCAGGAGCGCAUGCGGGACCAGACGCCUCCCCGAGGGACGGAGGCGACAGCUCCCAGCCCGAGCGCGGCGGAAAGAAAUCCAGCGUUGUAAGGAAAACAGCGGAGCUCUGGCAGCGCCAUCGCUGCCUCCUCCGAGCUGCUUUGGGGGGCAGCGGGGAAGUUGGGGGGGGGGUGUCAGUGCUCUGUAGCCCAUCUCCUUGCAAGACGCUCGUGGCUUGGAUGCAAAGGGCCAAAUCCUGCAGAGCUGCGGUGGUUUGGGCCGGUUCGGCACCCAGAUGUUGGUUGAGGGCUGGUUGGUGGUGGUGGCUUUGCUGUUGCCAUCAGCCUGAGCAGGGCCGGGUGUCACCCACGGGGCACGGUCCGUGUCUGCGCUGUCGCUUGCGAGACGGAGUGGUGACAUUUCGAGCUGCAGAGUGAUAUUUCUCAGUAAAUAACUAGAGAUCUUUCCCCUAUUAUUACAAUGAUUUAAAGGCUUUUUUUUUGCUUUUUUUUUUUUUUAAAUAAGCAGCAGCUAUAAAAAAAAAUCCAGCUCGUGUUGACUUGGGGUCUGAUAAGCUUUGGAAAAUUUUUAUAAGGUGAAAGAAAGAUCAUAUGAAUCCUGGGAUGAUCUUUAUUUCUGAAAUCCCUGUGAGUGCCCAGUGGGACUG